ACGAGUAAGUGUGUAGUGAAAAGUAAAAUUCGUGCAUGAUUCCCGAUCGGUGCGCUAGUGUGUCGUCGUCGCCAUACAGUGUCGCGUUCAGUGUGUUAGUAAACGAAAUUUAGGCAGAAAACAGUUGGUUAAAUGUGCAAAGUAUGAAAUUCAUUUAGAAUUAAGUCAUUUCAUAACAAACGAAACGAAAUAAUUGUAUAUUUCACGCGUAGGAAAAAAUAACAGUACUUUGCGAAGUGCAUUCGCCGCUAGUAAAUGCAACGAAAGUGCAUAGGCAUUCGCAGUACAGCAACAAGAAGCAAAACAGCGAAUGGACUCUUUUCGUGGUGUUUACUUUGUUGUUGUUCUUAUUACGUGAAUGCGUUGCGGUUUGAAGGUGUUUGCAUGCGUUAAAUGCGGGUCGCCUACUAUUGUGUGUGCGAGUUUGCGUGUAUUUGUGUUGAAUUCGUUGAUGUGUUUCUAGUUUGAGUCAUACCUGCGGAAAAAGAAACAAAUUCCAACGCAGCGCAAAGCAAUUGUAAGCCAAGUGGUGAAUGAGUGUGUGCAAAACAGAAUUGUAGAAUUAAAAGUAAAUAAAUUAUUAAACAAAUGGCAAUUGGAAAUAAAAUAAAAAUAAAAGAGUAGAGUGAUGAUGAAUUAGUAAACACCGGAAAUGAUAAAAGUGUUGGAAAAAGUUGACAAACCGAUCUCAGUACAUACUAAGUGCUAAUAUAUCUAUGUAUGUGUAUGUGAGCAUAUGCAAUUAGAAAGCAGUAACAAAGAAAGUCUAAAGAAAUGCUUGCAACGAUCUGCGCUAUUGCUAUUUAUUUACCUUUGUUGACGUAGGUCAAUAACUUAUUGAGUUGUGUCGAUGAUAUUGAAAAGCAUAAGUAAGUUAAGUGUGCACUAAAAAACGUGAAGAAAAGUAAGAAAUUAAUUAUUUGAGCUAUUCAAACGUACAACAAACAAAACAAUCAAUUCAAGCAACAAUAGAAGUAGAAGGUACGAACAAGAUAAGCAUAACAGCAGCGCAAUAACAACAAUUGUUACCGGACAUUUCUAACCAGCACUAGGCAGAGAGGUGUAAAGUGAAGUCAGCAUACGAAAAGUGGCAUCAGCGGCAAACACAACGAGCUGUUUACACGCACACCUUUGCACAUAUUGCUACUUCCACUUUGUUCGCAUUCUUGAAUUUUUGCUGUCCGUUGCCAGCAAGUCGCAUACAUGAACUUGGUGCGACUGUGUGCCGGCAGAAAGCAGGUUUUCCUAUAGUGGAAGGCAGGAAGAUAUGUAAAAAGUAAUUACAAGCAAUAUACAUACAUAUAUAUAGAUGUAUUAAUGUGCAUUUGCGCGUAUGUGUAAAUAAAAGAAGUGAGAUCAAGUCGUAGAUCAAAAAGGGUAACGAGUAGAGCGGUGACAGUUGCAAGAGAAAACGAAUUGUGCAGAAAAUUUCCAAGCCAAUUAGUGUAAAUGUUAAGAAAAUAUAAAAUUAAAUAAAUACUAGUGCAUUUUUCUGUAAUUGCAGUGCGUUUUUUUCGAGUGUAAAGAGUGCAACAUAAUUAACCGGUAGUGUUUUACCGCAAUCUUGUGCUUGCAAAGUUGUUCAACGACUUUGCAGUAGUUUUCGACAAUUUUUAGUGAAAUCGUGCUGUGCCACAAUAAAAAGCGCACGACUUCAACGGAAUUCAACGCAAAACCACUACAACACUUUUGUGCAACAGCAGCAUUAACAACAACCAAGUUUAUACAAAAAAAGACUACCAACGUAAAGCAUUUGCCAAAAGUUCUGACUACGGCAUCACCUACUUUUGGGCACUUCAAUUCGAGUGCAUAGCCAGCUGCACCUACGUUUGCAGGCCGGAAAUGCCAGCGUGCUAAGUAACUUGUGAAAGUCGCCAACUCCUUUGUGCUUUGCUUCUGAGUGCUUGGGUGCAUACAUAUACUAAAUCCUUUCACAUUGUGCCGACUUUUAGUGUUUUCUUGGAAUAUUGAGUCAGCCCUACAUUUGUACGUCCCUAGCGUUGAUUCAUCUUAGCUGGGCAAUAAAUAAACGACAUCUACAGAACGGAAGCUGCCGCACUUGCAACAUUUGCAGUGGCAUAUUUCUUGACUGCUGACUUCGUUUUCCUGCGGGCAGUGGAUAGCGCUUUUUAAGCUGUAUAUCCACAUAUCAUUUUCUGUCCCCAACUUUUUAAUGGAAUAAUUAUGUCAUGGGAUCUUGUACGCGACGACACUUUAUGCUGUCAACAUGCUUGCUGCAAAUGAUAACAAUCAUCGAACGCCAAGUAUUCGACUUUCUCGGAUAUAUGUGGGCGCCCAUUUUGGUCAAUUUCUUUCACAUAAUUUUCAUUAUUUUGGGAUUUUAUGGAGCAUAUCACUUUAGAAUAAAAUAUAUAAUAACCUAUUUAAUAUGGAGCUUCAUUUGGAUCGGUUGGAAUGCUUUUCUCAUAUGCUUUUACCUGAAUGUAGGCAUAUUGGAUCGGGACAGCGACCUGCUAAAUUUGGGCACCGGUAGCGUCUCCUGGUUUGAGGUGAACGGUUAUGGUUGCAAGCCAACAUAUCCAGUCAAUAUCACCUCCGAUGAUCCAUUUCGUCCAAUACGUCCGGAACGUGUGGACGAUUGCUUAUUAGAUUAUACUAUAGUCGAAAUUGUACAGUCGGGUGUGCAAUGCGCUUUAGCGUUACUUGGUAUUUUAGGCGCCAUAUUAAUAAGUUACAUAUUCCUCGAUGAAGAUGACAGAUUCGAUUUCGUGAAUGGCGACGCCAAGAGUCCCCAGCACACGGUGGUCCAUCCAAUGUACGUGAGCUACAGCAGCAUACCGACCUCGGCUAGCGCUAGCGCUACAUUGCUCUCAAAUAAGCAUCACAACAAUCACCAAGCACCACUUAACAAUAACAACCACAACCACCAAAUUCAUGCGCAACAACAGCAACUGCAACUGCAGCAGCAACAACUCCACCAUCAUCAGCAACCAAAUAAUUUUAACAGUAACACAUUUCUAAUACACACAAACAGCAUCAGCAACAACAGCCAUAGCCAUAGUCAUAGUCAAGGUCAGAGUCAGAGACAGAGUCAUAGUCACAGUCAGAGCAAUAGUCGCAGCCGCAGCCACAGCCGCAGCAAUAGCCAGAGCGGUGGCAAUGGCGUCGGCGGUGGCGGUGGCGGCGGCGGCGCGUCAAAGAAAGGUCGUGGCGGCGGCGAUGGCAACAGCAACUAUCACAGCGCGAGCAAAAAUAGCACUUUAACCCGCAUACUUUACAGUCCGAAGAGUAGCAAUAAGAUCGGCGCCACGACGGGCAAUACGAUUGUGGUGGCGACGGAGAUGUUGCAGCGGCAGCAAUCGCUGCCACAGACGCAUACCGCCAAUUUGCAUGGCGCGCAGCAUUAUUAUGACGACAGCACCGCCAAGGCGGAUCAGCUGUAUACGAACAGCAAUCGACGACAGUUCUUGAACGGCACAACAACAUAUCAACAACAACAGCAAGUUGGCACACCGAACUCCUCGACGCACGACAACACGACCUCGUCGCUCUCGUACGCUUCGCUGCAGAAUUCCAAUUUGAAUUUGACACAGAGCUUGCGCGGUGUCGGCGGCGGCGCGGGCCCCGGUGUUGGGUUCGGUUACGCAGGCAGCGGCGGAGGUAGUGUGGGGGGUAGUCGUAGUGGUGGCGGUGGUGUUGGUGGACACAUGGGUGGCGGUGGUAGAAGUGUGGGCGCGAGUGUAGGCGGUGGCAGCGUCGGUGGUUAUGGGCGUGUCGCUGGCGUCGGUGGUGGCAUGACGUCCGCCUCGUCGCAGGCCACGCUCAGUCCGCUUAGCAAUAGUCAGUUUAGCCUCAGCAAUAGCCUGAAUAAUAAUUACAGUAAUCAUAGUGGCAUUAACAACAACAACAACAACAUUAACAAUAACAUUGUGCUAAGUAAUCCCGCUAACUAUAUGAAUAAUAAUAAUAAUAACGGUAGCAUGGGCAGCGGCGUCGGUGGCGGCCAUUUCGCGCGCAUACACGCCAAACCCAAACCACCCAAGUCCACGAGCUACAGCAGUUUCAUUAACAAUGGCAGUGGCGCUGCGAGCCUGAAUGGCAGCAGCGCUGGCACUGGCACCGGAACCGGCACCGGCGGUUCCAUGACUAACGUACACCGUCCCGAUAUCAAAUAUACACAAAUGUCCAAUGAGCGUUUGUCGCGCAACCUUGAAGAAGGUCUGGAGGAUGACAAUUUCUCGCUGCAGAAUUUCAAAACCGACGAUGGCGUCACUUAUGUGCCCUUCCAGAAGCCAACACCGGGCGCGCUCUUUGUCGGCCAGAAUAAUAAUCCUUCGUAUGUGUCGUUGAACUCGUACGCCGGCGCACAGAUGUCGCCUAACAAUAACAACAACAACAACAAUGCUAGUCCAAAUACCAUCAACAAUAAUGCGCUGCCGCAGUUUGCGCGCAGCAUUUCACAGCUGGCGCCGCCACCGCCGCUGCCGGAGAACGGUGGCGGUGGUGAGAUACUUUUAGAGCGCGGCGCGGUGCUGCAACCUGCCUACAAUUACCCGUCGCCACCGCAAGCGUCACAGCAAAUGCUGAUGCAUUCACCGGGUCCACCACAUAUGCAGCAGCAACAACAACAACUACAGCAAAGCGCGCAGGUUGUGUCAGGCGCGCAAACGCAGCAUUCGCCACAGCCACUACUGAAUCCUGCCAAUCGUUUUCUCUACCAACAGAACGGCCUACCAUUCCAUCCAGCCUACAACAAGCCCAUACCGGUGCCACCACCGGUACCCACGCAUACGUCGCCGCCCAUGUCUGCGCCAUAUCAGUCACACUUGAUGAGCCCAGUCGCCAAGCAGCCGCCACGACCCACAAACAUUCCAUUACCCACCAUACCGGCACAUUCAUUCGACACACCCAUUUCACCCUCAGAGGUUACGCCUCCACCACCUCCUGCGCCACGUCCACACAUUUUCCAACCACGUUCCGGUCAUGCGCCCUAUCCGGAUCUCUCACCGGAGGUGACCGAAAAAUAUGCCAUGCCCACACAGUAUGUGCCACGUUCGCCGGUCGCUUCGCGUAUUGCACGUCGUCAACGUCAACAACAACAGCAACAGUCGCAUAAUUACCACCACCAUCAGCCAGCGCAGCCGGCUGCGCAUCAUGUGAACACGUCGGCGAAUUUUUGCGAUCAAGUGCGUGACGCGCCGCCCGGCUACAUAGUGGACGCAGGCUUCAGCAUUGUGCGCGCCAAGAGUUAUGAUCGUUUGGCCUCCGCAUCAAGCACAACCGGCUCGAUGCGGCGUGAUGCCAAAGCUGUUGAUGCGCCGACGCAGUCACAGCAGCAGCAGGCGCAAGUUAAUGCCGAAGCGGCGCCGCAUGUAAAUCGACGUAGUGGUCGGCGUGAUGCCGCCGGUCGUGUGCGUCCACGUUCCUAUUGCAAUUCGAUGUCGGGUGGGGAGGGCGUAAUACGCGGUAGCUUGGUCUACGAGCGCGACUUCGCCGUCCAAAGUGGCGUUGUAGCCACUAGUGGCACUGACGGUGUUGGCGGUGGCGGUGGCGGCGGCUGCGUUAGUGGAGGCAAUGGUGGUAGUGGCGUAGUUGAGGGCGGUGGAAAUGUUGGCGGUGAUCAGUUGGCAUAGGCAGAGGCUGGGAAAGUGAGUAGUACAGUGUUGGAUACACAAAAGGUACGAAGUCUUAAUGAUCGCACGCGUUAUUGAGUUAGCUAGUAUGAGCCAGCUUUGCUAGACAGAUUCUUUGACAAAAUGGUUAGUUGGAAAGGUGUAGCUUGACUAAUGAAAGAGUUUACAACCUCAAAAUUAAUUGGAUGAGACAUAGGAAGCUUGCGCUGAUUUGAGCUAACUCAUAUCUAAUAAAGAAAGACUUAUAGUAAAUUAGAAAACCGGAGAUUAGAAUUUGAAAUUAUAUAUUUGUAAAUUCAUUUAGACCCAAAAAGCAUAAACAUUUAAGUCUUCGUUUAAUUGAAAGUUCAAUGUCACUAUCUGUAUAAUAAGAAAGCUGAGCGUUACUCGCUCUAGCGACCACUUUACUUACUCCUAACUAUUAGUCUAAAGCUCUGAAAGCUACUAGCCAAAAAACUGCAAAGCUUUUUUAAUAAAAGAAAGUAAAAGUUAGAGGAAAAAUUAAAGUUUUUGUGGAUCAUUAGAUUGGCAUUGUUUGCCAGACACUUUUCACUUUCCAAAACCGUUUCAUAUUGCACUUACUGCCUCUCCAAAGUCACUGAGAACUGCCACUAUUUCUGAGAAACUUUCACAACUUUUUAAAGCUUUCAUUUCAUUUAGAUGGUUUUGCUCUACUCAUUGCGAAGCUUUCAUUUUUCCACCUUAAUUUCAUUGCCUUUUCGUCUCUGCUCUCUCUCUCUCUCUCAUGUCACUCCUUCAGCCGCUCAACUCAUGCUUAUACAUACAAUUUCGUUUUCAUUCCCUCUUCAUGCCAUUAAAUUUUGAUUUGCAUUUUACUCUUUGUUUACUUUUAUUUAAAGCAAACUAAUUUCCAUUUUCUAGACUGGUAGACUACGAUUGCUGAGUUGAUUUAUUGCUCUCACAUUAACGGUUGAAUGGUUGUUAAAGCUUCUAUCAAACACACACACACACACUCUCUCUCUAUGCUGCUCAAAUGCGCGCUUUCGCACACAAACUCAGCGUGCGCUCUCAAACCUAUACGCUCUCUCUCUCACUCACUCAAUUGAAACGCUACCGUUACUUAGCAUGCCUGCGCUCUCAUCGCUCUCUCGCCGCGUCAUUGUUGUUGUGCGCGAUGCAAGCGUAUACGCCACGCUUGUUGCAUGCGCUGAUGUUGCUGUUGCUACUAAAGAGAUGUUGCCGCAACAUGUUGCUAAAUGCAUAGAAAUCGCAUUGCCAAGCGGCUGCCAAGUAAAAAAGUAUGUAAAUGCCAUGCGAAUUUUGUAAUGAAGUUAAAAAAUGCAGCAGAAUGUUUGCUAAUGGCAUGAAAAUUUUUGCUUAAAAGUUAAAACAAAAACAACAACAAAAAUUAACUUCAUGUUGUGUACUAAAAAUGUGUUAAUCCAAAAAUUUGUACGAAAAAAAAUGUUUAAAAAUAUUUGGUGUUGUUAGUUUGUGUAUUAAAACUGAAUUUGUUAACCUCGACACACACACACACAUUUAUAGAAAUAUACAGUUAUAUAAAUACUUACAUGUACACUUCCUAUUUCUGUACUGAAAAUUGACUUUGUAAAUUAUUUUUAUGUUAUAUAACGAACACACACAUAUAUGUACAUAUUUACUUAUUUGUUUAUAUACAUAUAUACAUGUAUGUACAUGAUAUAUAUAUACACUUUAUAUAUAUAUACUUUAUUGUAUGUACAAUAACCUUAGUUCUUGAAAUAAUACUGAAAUGGGUAUUUGAUUUGUUUCUAACGGACUUAAGCAAUAAUUUAUGUAUGUAAAUGUUGAAAACGCUCACAAAACUCGAGCCACAAAUACGAUUAGCUUAGCUUUAAUGUAAAAUUUAAAUUUAUAAGCGCCAACGACGGCGUUAGCAACAUGUAUACAAUGGGCAAAUGUUGCUAGUGCUGAUAAUGAGAAAAGAAUGUUGCUACAGUGUUGCAGGAGAGAAGUAAAGGAAGGAAGUAAACAUAAAUGAAUGAGAGAUGUAAGAAAUGGCAAUAGUUUAAAAAAAAACAGAGUGGGACUAAGCUUACGGUUAGACGAAAGAUAAGGAUAGACUAAAAAGUAGCAUCAAUAUUUUGAAAAUUUAAUAUUAAUAUUGAAACAGCGCUGAAAAAUAUUGUUUGUAAGAGAAUGAGAGGGAUCAAAUACUAAAAUUUGGAAAAGUAAUUUUAAAUACGGAAAUAGUGCAGAAAAUUAGUGAGAGAUUUAUAGAGAACGACAUUGAGUUUUGAAAAAUAGUAUUGACACCGUGACCGUAAAAUAUUUUUGAUGAGGGUAUGAGAGGAAUCAGCAUUGAGAUUUGGGUAAAUAAUUUUUAAUAUGAAAAUAGUGGACAAAAAUAUUUUCUGGAAAGUGAGCGAUGGAUUUACAUUAAGAGAAAGCAAUAGAAAUAGGUUGACAAUGGAGAAAAAUGAUCUUAUGAACGAAAAGAGAUAGAAAAAGAGAGAGGCACCACUGCUUUUGAGAAAGAAAAAGCAGAGAAGGUUCUUAUAAAAAAUGUAAAUAUGAAGACACAGGAAAUGAGAAUAUUUUAGAGACAGAUAGUUUUAUAAUAAGAUGCAAUGAAAGAUACAGAAGGAUAAAUGGCAAUAAAUAAAGGUACAUAGAGAACUUCAGAUAGAUAAAGAUAAAUGCUAAAAAUGCAAAUAAAGGUAUUUGGAGAGCUUCAGAGAGAUAGAGAUAGAUGCUGAUACAGUUGCAAAUAGAAGUAGUAACGGUACUCACAGCAUAUGUGCCAGUUAACGCUACAGAAAGACCUAUAGGUACAUGUCUUUAUCUGAACUAGAAAGAGAUACAUAAAAGCACAGAUUUCUCUAUUGACUCAAAUAUGCAGGUCUAUCUGAUGCAUUUAUGCAAGCUGAUGAGGACUCUCGUAUAGACAAAGCUUCAGAUACGGUAUAGAGGGAGUUUUAGGUCGAUAUUUUCGACACUGGAACAGUUAUUGAAGAAAAUAGGUGUACCAAAACAGAUAAUAGUGAAACAAGAUAUAGUAACUGAAUGCCAGAUGAAGAAAGGAUUUUAGAACUAAUUUCGUAACGGUACAUAUAAUACCUUUAAACAUACAGUUGAGAAACUUGAGACCGUUAUAGACUCUGCCUAAGUAUGAUUGACUCUGCAGAAAAAAUCUAUAGACAUAACGGUGGACAUAAUAAUUGAUAGGAAUAAGAA